AUGACGCUAAUUUUGGACGACAAAUAUCUUACCAGCACGCAGCAGUCCAUAUCCCCACUGACAUCUAUGAGGGCUGAAUAUUUGGAUGUUUUGGGAAGACCAAUGGUUUUAGCAGGAGACAAAGCUAAGCAAGUCCAGUGGACAAAUGUGUACCUCGAUGCACUGAACCAGCUGAUUCUUGGUGUGAUGGGAGUUGAUGUGUCUUUGGAAGACAUUAAAAGACUGACACCACGUUUUACAAACCCCAAAUCUCAGGAGCCAGUAACAUUGGAUUUCCUUGAUGCAGAGUUAGAGAAUGAUAUUAAAGUGGAGGUGAGUGUAAUCUGUAAGAGUCAACAGUACCUCGGCUCAGAUGCUAGCAUUCAUCCAUCCUACAAUUUGGCCUUGGUAUUACCAACCUACAGUUUUUACUAUAUAAAAGCCAAAAUAGAAGAGACAAUAACUCAGGCCAGAUCAAAAAAGGGCAAAAUGAAGGAUUCAGAAACCCUAAAGCCAGAUAAUUUUGAAGAAUCUGGCUAUACAUUUAUAGCACCAAGAGAUUACUGCAAUGACCUUAAAAUAUCAGAUAAUAACACUGAAUUUCUUUUAAAUUUCAAUGAGUUUAUUGACAGAAAAACUCCAAACAACCCAUCAUGUAAGUAUGCAUUAAUUUAUAAUAAUUGCUUCAGUGUGGUAAUGGAUUGUGUGAUUCUAGAUGAUGGUGGGUUUCUUUUGAUGGCAAAUCAUGAUGAUUAUACUAAUCAGAUUGGAAGAUUUUUUGGAGAGAUCGAUCCAAGCUUGAUGAGACAUCUGGUUAAUAUAUCAGUUUAUGCUUUUAACAAAUCUUAUGAUUAUCAGUCUGUGUGUGAACCUGGUGCAGCGCCAAAACAAGGAGCAGGACAUCGCUCAGCAUAUGUGCCAUCAAUAGCAGACAUAUUACAAAUUGGCUGGUGGGCCACUGCUGCUGCCUGGUAA